UCUUGUUGGAAUUGAACGUCGACUUUGAUGAGGAAAAGGAGGAAGGAACUCUCCACAGAAUAAACUGACUAUCAUGUUGAGUUGAGUGAAACUAAAUGAGUAGUGUCGAGGAUUUGAAGGCAAAAUUAUGGUUCAAUUGGCCCCGAUAUUGUUGACUUUGAUUGCCGCUAGCUAUUGGUGGGGAUUGGGACACUCCCAAACCUUUCCAAGUAAAGAAACGGUUCAAAGAUGGGCCUCCAAACUAGAUCAGACCUUCUACGAAAUCACUUCGGGCAAGGGCGAUCUGACAAACGCUCGGGGUCUACAAGAGGCCUAUAAAGCUAAUCUAGAAAACGUCGAAAUCAACCACGCCGAUGGAAAGGCCAUCAUCGAGAAACUAGCCGCUGAUAUUGGAGAACACUUCCGGAAAAACAUAGAAGCACUCAAGAAACUUCAACAAGGAGCCGAGGCCGCCACUGAAGAUUAUGAAUAUGACGAGGAUUUGGUGCUUCCUCGAGUUAACUAUGUGAAUAUGAAUGAUCUGAAGAAUGCCUCAGGUCAAUUGGAACCAAGCAGACAUUUUGGACAAGAUAUAUCUCGCCAACAAUCUGGGGUUCAUAUUCCUAUUGAGAUUUACGAAGGCUAUAAUCCCAUUCAGAUGACAAAGAUAUGCCCCACAUGCACCUCAGUCUGUGACCUGUGUCAGAAUAAUCUAUUCUGGAGACAAGAGUCUCGGUUCGCCAUUCAAGAAACAUAUAUUAUCAGAGAUCCUGAAAUCUUGAACGGAAUUCGAUGGACCCAGGCGCUAGAUUCCGUGUUCAAAGAAAACCAAAAGGCAUUUCCCGACAUCUAUUGGCAAACUUUCGGAUCUCAAGAUGGUUACAUGCGGGUGUUCCCAACCACCAGAUGGAGAACAUUUGGCGAUCUCCCAGAUUUGUAUGAUGUCCGACGGAGACCAUGGUACAUCCACGGCUCCGUGUCUCCUAAAGAUGUGGUCAUCCUAUUGGACACAUCGGGAAGCAUGCACGGCCAAUCCUUGGACAUCAUGAAGUUGGCCGCCAAGACCAUGAUGAACACUUUGGGCGAGGACGAUUUUGUAAAUGUGGCCCAAUUUGCGAGAAAUGUCUCAUGGGUGACCCCUUGUCUAACGAGCUUGGUCCAAGCUAACUCCCGGAACAAGCGCUUGCUCUUCGAUGGCAUUGACAACCUAGUGGAUCAUCAGAUUGCCAAUUACAGUCAAGCUUUGGAAUUUGCCUAUAAGGCUCACGAAGCGUUCGAACAGAAUCGAAGUCGCCAUGAUGGGGCGGAAUGCCACAAGUUAGUCAUGGUUUUUAGUGACGGCGGCACCGAGUACCCCAGAGCAGUGAUUGAAAAAUAUUCAGAUCCGUCUAAAGCGAUCACGAGGGAUGUGAGGAUCUUCACCUAUGCUGUUGGUCCUCACCCUUUGCCCACAGUGGCACUGAAGAGUAUGGCUUGUUCCACUGGUGGUUCUUUUUCCACUAUCAUCGCCAUGGGAGCAAUACGCACCAAGAUCCAAAGCUCGUACAUUGGAGUGUUGGCCCGCCCAGUGGUGCUGAACAAUGAACAUGUGCUAGCUUACUCUUCAGUUUAUUCUGACGUUCUGGGCCUGGGACUUGUGACCACCAUUACGCUACCCGUGUUUAAUAAAUCCGCAAGUUCGGAUAAUCAAACUUUGGCUGGAGUGGUGGGUAUCGACAUUCCAACCACCAAGUUUGAGGAGAUGACCCCAUUUCAUAAGCUUGGUCCCAAUGGUUACUCCUUUGGGAUCAAUCAAAAUGGCUUCUUGGUUUUCCACCCAUUCCUGUGGAUGAACGUAAAUUUUCUGGAGGAACCCACUCACAUCGACAUGGCGGAUGUGGAAGGCUCUAGUCAGGAUGUGGACGAACUUCGAGAAGCCAUGAUCAAUCAGCCCGCUCAAGCUCAGAUGAAAGAGAUCACAAAUCCCAUGGACCUGGAAGAUCGUUAUCCAUUGGUGGGGAUCACCAAAGAGUAUCAUUACUUAACAGUGGGGGACUCGUCUUUUACGAGCGAUGACUUCUGUGUUGGAGUGGUCUUGGACAAAGGCUGGAACUAUGCCAUCAUCAAAGACCAAGAUCUCUCUGCAAUUGCUAAUUUGGACCCAAAGAGUGCACUUAUCGCACCUUGGAGGUAUUGCCAGGAAAACAAAGUCGACAUUGAAAACACGUUGGAGACUAUGAAGGCCGACAUCAAGGCUCAAAAGUGUUCUGGAGAGGUAGUCGAGCACCUGGCAUGGGACCUGAAAGUGGCAAAGUCGUGGUUUGAUCGUCUCUCCACGGAUUUCUUGGCCAAUCGAGGGAUCCUAUCUCAAUUUGUGAUGACCGAUGGAGGACUCACUCUCGCCAAUCCACCAGACGCUUUGGAUGGUUAUUUCCAAUUGAGAAAUCCGUACAAUUCAUCGUUAUUUCGAAAAGCAACUCUGGAACCGGGCACGCCUGUUCUGCACGUGACCAAAUUUCUCGUGAAAGAAAUUGUUCCGGUCGUGCAAGAUACGGCAGUGACGGACGAUCAGCGGUUUGGCAAGAAACGGAAGCCGGAUCGUCAUAAGGAAGUCCUCACUAAGAUCCAACCCUCGACAGUUCAUGUUGCCAAAGCCAUUCAAAUUGAGUCCCCCUCGGGUUUAAGAUAUAUCCCAGGCAUUGUUGGAGUUGAGCUCGAGCAUGACUUCCUUCAAGAAUUGUUAAUGAACGCCACUGAAGUGGAACCCGAAUCAUCGGAGUUGGGUUGUCAAAACUCUACCGAAUUGAUCUGCACACUUGUCGACCACGAGGGUAACAUUUUAGGGAGUAACCAACCGAUGGUUGAGUUGGGCGAUUUCUUGGGGACUAUUGAUCCCCAACUUAUGAAACAUCUGGUGGAAUAUGAGAACAUCUUUGUCGAAAACGUGGAAACAAACUAUCAAGCUCUAUGUCCGGAUGCAAUCGAUUGCUCCUUUGGAGCUCGUUCCAUCUUCAUUCCAACGUUGGACUCAAUUUUUCAUCUGAUCCGAUGGAUCGUGAGCUCCCUCCAGUCUCUUGGAUAUGUGCCCCUUAGCUUGUUGUCCGUGCCGUUUUUGUCAGAAACCAGUGACGCAUUAUCGGAAUAUAGCUUCCGAAUGCCCGAAGGGAUGCAUAGAUGCUCGACUAAUACAUCCUAUUGGGCUUUGAACUCCAAAUUGGUGGCCAAUGAUUUUCACCAAAGAAUCUCAGGGGAAGAGUGCAAGGAAUGCAAACGUGAUUACCAUCUGUACACAUUGGAGAACAUCAAUAGCUUGCUCAUUGUUUCUGAACCACAAUGUGCGAACUGUCAUGUGCCUAGCUACAAAGACAAACCAAUCGAAGUAGAUCCUGCUCAAGAAAGUUGUAACCUUCCAAAACGAUACCGAAAGAGGCCGUCCAAAUGCUUUUCCCGACAUGAUCAGGAAAUCCCGGAAUGCAGUGCCGCCUCGCUCACAUCCUCGUCUUGGUUAAAGAUUAUUUUGGCUUUAAUGCCAGUUGUGGUGGCAACGCUGCUUCUCAUCUAGAAUUAAUGAAAUCGCAAGCUAACCAGUCAGCUGAACAUGUGUGACAUUCUAUUCCCUGCUAUUCACAAACCCGUCCUAGUGUACCGUGUGUCGGUCAUGCACCUUCGUUUCCUUGCAUUUGCUCGCUAAUAGGCGAACGUCUUCCAGUCAUUAUAGUGUGAUGAAUUUGAGAGAACAUGCAUUAAAUCUAAAACAAGUGUGAAAACGCAGUGAUUUGUUGAUCAAUGAAAAAUUUGCAUUUGGAUCAUAUGAUUUAUCGACGCACUUUGAAGAUGAAUACUGUUAAGAUAAGAAAAGCCAAGGUCCAAGCAAUAGACAAGGCAAAGGCACGGUACACUUGAACCCACUCCAUGCCCCAACCUUUAAAGAAGACGUGACGGAGUGCCUCGCAAGCGUAAGUUUGCGGCAGUGUAAUUGCAAUUUGAUGGAGCCAUGUGGGCAUGCCUUCCAAAGGCCAAAAUAUUCCGCUCAAGGUCAUGUUGGGAAAGAAUGUGCCCAAACAGAGAUAUAUCCCCAUCUCUUCGGUGUUACUAAUAGCACUGACCAUAAGCCCGUUGGCCAUUCCACAAAGUCCUUGGAGCAAGGUGAGCCCGGCAAUGCAGGCCAGUGAACCUGCGGUCGGGAGUUGAUAAACAAAGAUGACGUAAACUAACAUAAGAGUAAUUUGCACGGUCAUCACGGAGAUCUGAGCCAGGACGUGGGCCAGCAUGAGCUCGGUUGGCGUGACCCCUGCCACCAUGUUACGAUGGAGCAACCCCUCGUUUCGUUCCACUAUGAAGGCCAGUGUGGUCAGUCCCAAGGCCAUGAAGUAAGUGACCAAGAGGAUGAUCCCCGGCACCGCAAAGUCAGUCAAGGUUUGUUUGUAUUCUCCAUAAAUGGGAUCGCUAAAGCUGAGUGGAAUGGAAGCCAAUCUGGUGGAGAUGUUGCAUGACGCGACCACGUCCUCGGAGAAUCGUUUGAAAGCUUCCACAAGUUCCAUCUGAAGCGUGAUUCCGACUUGUUGGUUGGUCAUGUCAAGCUUAAUGUGGAUAUCACUUUCAGCCACUUGACUAGCAUUCAAAUCCUGCGAUUCAAUCAAAGCCAGGAAUCUGUCAAAAAAUCGCUCGGAAAAAUGCUCCUUGAAAUGAAUCAAACCCCAAGUCCCGCCGGUCUGUGUGGAUUCUACCCCAGCGUCAAGCGACUCAAAAGUCUUGAAUCGAAUCACACUUUGAUCAAUGUGGGACAGAAAUCUACAACUGAGAUUUGCCCGGUUUUGAGCUUGAAAAUUGUAUCCCCCGAUGAAUUCGGCUCGUUCGCCCAAGACACAAGCAGUAGAGUAGAAAUCACAAGUGGAGUCGGGCAUUUCUUGAUUCACUAUGGCAAAAUCCAGGUUUCUCGGGGUGUUGCCAAUUGCCACACAAAAUAGAGCCACUUGGAAUGCUGGAAUGAGCAACUGAAAGAUAACCGACCCAAUGUUUCUCCACAUUUUGAUGAAGUUCUUGAUUGUUAAGGCUUUGACCCUCUUGAAUUUCAUGCCUGAUUGACAAUCUCUUGUUUUACGUGGGCGUUUUGAUUGAAAAGCUGUUGAUUGACCAUUUGGACCUUGACCAUUCUCUUUGAGAUAAACUUGCUCUUGGCGAUUUAAACCAUU